CAAAACAAAAUCCUGCCAAGACUAGGCGGAAGCGGGGGGUAGACCGCGGUGCCCUAAAAUCUCCCGCUCCUCUUGCUUCCUGUGAUUCCAGAAACGAGCAGGCUUUCUUUGAGCGUCGUUCGUUGUCCCCAGGUCGUCCAGUCGCCAUGAGUAUUCGGAUAAAUGCGACGGUCCAAGAGGCCCGAACAGCUGCAAACCACAGCCAGGAACAAUGGGACCGAUUCUACUUCAUAACCAAAGACGAGGCCAGGCAGCUUGCAGAGGCGCACCCUGACUGGAAAAGAUGGAUCCUCAUCCCCGCGAACGAGAAAGAACAAAUGCUGGAGAGGAUCAACGCCCGCCUGAGUGCUGAAGGUAUCCCACCUGUCGAGAUGAUUAUCCUGAAGUGGCGGGUGUCACAGUUACUCCGAGACAUCCAGCGGAAAUACGAAGCCGGCAGCAUGCUACAAGGGAUGCCAGGCACGAGCUCAGGGUCAGGAUCGGGGUCACCAAUACAAGUCCAGACAGCCCAAUCGCCUCCAGACAGCAGCAUUCAAUCGUCGAGCCCACAACGAACGGAGUAUUCACCAAGCGAAACUCGCCCAUACGAUCCAAUACGGGAUGUGUAAAUCCCAAGCCCCCGGGAGGAGAUUUGUCUUUCACAGCGCGCGUUCAAAGUCGAGAACAGGAACACCCGACGAAUAUUUGGUAUUCGAGCCUGAUACCCCAGACCGCAAAGCGCGACAUGGAUAACGGGAAAAGAGCGAGCUAGCGAAACCACCUCACGAGGAGACGGAGCGCCAUAGGAUCCAGCAAGCUGUC